CGCUUGCAUCAGCCUAGUUUGAGUGUCACAACAUCCAGUGGCGCGCGCCUCGCUCAGAGCUCAUGAGGCCCAAUGAAUUUGCGUUGUUGGAUGCUUUUCCAAGCGAGACCGAUAAGGCGACCAACACAUCCAUGGCGGAAAAUGGAAACAGGCCGCAAGGACUCUUUCCUGGAUCAGAGGUAUAUCUAUCAGGCGCGGCGACCAUGCGAACCACAGCUCCUCCUAGCCCCCGUUCUGGGGUAAGCUAUCUUUGUAUGUUCUCCCCUCCGGCAUGACCCGAAACGCCAACUCAAGUACGCUCUUCCACCUGGUGCCAGAGAACGCGGCUGCCAGCGAUGCUCUUCUCCAUCCCGAUAAUGCCCGGUUUGUGUCGACCAGCAAGAGAGGUCUCGACGGGCUCGAGAUUGGGUUCCAUGUCCCGUCCAUUCCCAAAGGCCGCGUUAUCACUAGACUCGGCCGAGACGCCGACCUGAUCCUCCGCGGUCGCUCUGUCUCGGCGGUCCACGUAGCCUUUGAGAUACACCCCGAGACCCUCGUCGUGCUGCUGUCCGUUCGGUCCAAGUAUUCGUCUUCGGUCACCGUCAGCCCUGACGUUGGCCAAACCAUGGAGCCGGUUGAGGGAGACUGUGUCAUCGUCUACGGAACCGACUACAGGAUCUCCAUCGCCUCCUACGACUUCCGGUUGAUGUGGCGAGAUCUGGGAUCGGUGGAAGCCCUGCGUCAGCUCGCGAUCGAGGGCUACCAAAUCUCUCUUCAGCGUCUCCAAACCGUCCGCUCGCGGGACCUCCCAACCGACGGCGACAGCUCGGAGCUCCACUCCUGGCACAACACCCGGCUGCACACCGCCCGGCGCAUUCUGUUUCGCGAGGCCGUGGGGGCGCCUCGUGAACUUAUCGGAGAGGGCACGUUCGGCGCCGUGUACCGAGCUAUCGAUCUCGAAUCCGGGAACCCCUUUGCUGUGAAGGUGGUCAAGUUGUAUGUUUACGGGGCUCGAUAUGUCGAGCAGGCACGAGCCGCCGUCCACCGAGAGAUGAAGACUCUGGAGUAUCUCAAACACAAACACAUCGUCGAAUGUCUGGGCACUGCCAAGUUCGACAGCGACCAGCCCGAGAUCUUUAUGCCGCUACGGCCGGGCAAUCUCAGGGUGCUCGCAGGGGACAAGGACAAGCGCUGCACCGACGACAGCCUCUGCAUGCAGGUUCUCGAGCAGAUGCUGAGCGCCCUCGAUUACUUGGCCGAUCGCGGUUACUGCCACCGGGACAUCAAGCCCGAGAACAUUCUGUACUACGAGCACGCCGAGCAAGGCACAUAUACCUUCCAACUCGCAGACUUUGGUCUCGCCAAUCACCAGGCGAAUGCCGGCACCAUGUGCGGCACCAAAUUCUACCAAGCUCCCGAGCUCUACCGCGACUACGGCACUGCCGGGAUCCAGAGCCCAAAGAUGGACAUCUGGUCUCUCUUUUGCACCAUCCUCGAUGUGCACCCCAAGUUCAACUUCCCCCCCUGGAACGCCACGUCCUACCACGACAUUCUGGUGGCGGUCCGGGCUGCCGUGCCUCUGAUUCCCAAGCUGGCCGACAUGGCGCGAGAGGACCCCGCCCAGCGCGCCUCGGCCGCCCAGCUGCUGGUGGCUCACUUUGGCGGCAGGGGGCUGACGACGCGGAAGUCGGCAAUCCCGCCGCUCCCCUCGCAGCCGCCGGCCUAUCGAGAACAGGCGCCGCCGCCGGCAAACCUCGGCAGUCCGCCGCCUGCCAACGCUCGCUCCCCGUCACCCCGCCCGCUGCCGCAGAGGGCACCCAAGGCACCGCCGCUGAUCGUAUACGACUCGCGCCACCGUCGUCAGCGGGGGAAGGAGCCGGCCGUCGGGCCAUCCAACCUCUUCGAGGUCGCCCGCGCGCAAAAUCGCGCGCAAAAUCCCAGGCCGCCGCAGCCGAUGAUGAUGGCGGCGCCACGCCAGGACGGCGGCGGCGUCAGGAAAUCGAGGGCCGUACCUGCCGGGUCGCCCACCCAGUCGCAACGGAUCGUGGAUGCGCUCGAUACCGAAUUGUUGAGCGCGGCAUAUGCGGGGAGGGCGUAGGAGGAAUAAGAUACCCCAUGAAGGGCGCAUGGCCGACUGCGAGCAGGAUCUCCCGGUAUGCAUGUUUGUUACUGUUGCUGCACUGUUUUUUGCGAUGAUAUUCUUUGAUGUUGUUUGUUUUUAUGGGUUUGCUGGUUUUUUGGGGCUAUCCUUGUUGGCAAAGCAGGUGGUUUUUUUUUUUGCGGUUUGCUAUCCUCGUCUCUCAGAUUGCCAGUUCGUCGUCUCUUUCCGUCUUGUCCUGUCCUUUAUGUUCUCGUGGUUUUCUCCCUCUGUUAGCUAGGUAGCCGAGUAUUGCAUAAUGGCUAAGUAGAUAGGUAUUAUUCUGUACUCCCGAC